GAAAGUGUGCUAUGCUCGGAAACUCCAUUGAACAUUGAAAACAGUAAAUACACUUUACUUGCACACAAAAUGAAUGAGACAAUUUCACUGAAGGAGUCUUACAAGUCGAUGAACUGCUUCAGUGUGAUGGAGGUGGACUUCCAGCAUCGUUGUGAUUUAUCUAUGGCGGUCAGGAAUUGCAAAUACAUCAUGAACUUUUUCAAUUACUUUGAGAUCUUGUAUUGCAAUUUUGAUAUACGGAGCAUAGUCAAAGAGAGACUGAUGAUGGGCUUCUUCAUCAUAAUAAUGAUCUUGCUGAUGAUUAUGAUAGUUCACUUGGUGGAUAAAUACAUUUCGCCAGUGCUUAAGAUACUUUCCAUAAAGUUGCAUUUGAGCGAAUACUUGGCUGGCGUCACUUUGUUGAGUCUGGGUAAUUCCUUGUCGGACUUAAUUGUCAAUUUGAUGCCUAUACGUGGACAUGCGCCCAUCUUCACCAUAACUAUAAGCAACGCCUUGGCCGUGAUCCUUCUGAGUGGUGGAAUGAUCUGUUUUCUGCGUCCCUUUCACAUCAAUGGCUAUUGUGCCAUAAGGGAUCUGCUUUUUUUACUCCUCGGAGCUGAGAUGCUCAUCUACAUUGUGUUCAGCGAAACAGUCACAACUAAAGGCGAGUCAAUCAUUCUCUCUUUGUUGUAUGUAAUAUUCGUGCUUGUCAUGUUCCUGGACCACAAAUUGUUGCAACGAACCAUACAAGGUCUAUAUAAGCAGGUAGAAAAGCUUGAGCAGUUGCCAUAUGCGCCCCAUACUGAGGAGGCAAUCAGGCGUAAGCUAAUUAAGUUGAGAAAAUUAGAAGAAGAGUGUAAGCUGGUAGAAGACAAUUAUAGGAGCACUGAAUGGACUUGGCGUCGUUCUGGGCAAGUAGCGCUCAAUCGAAAGUUUCUCGCAAAGAUCUCAGAUGAAGAGCAAUUUGAUGAGAAGAUCUCCCGCAAUGCUCUCUACAAUCCCGAAAAUCCCAAGAAUAUGUUUUUGAUUGAGGAGUUCCUAAGGGAGCUGAUCCCCAUUCCACUGGAGUGGAAAUUCAGUGGCUGGUGUCGUCGCAUCUAUUUAAUUAUUCUCGCACCCAUGGCGUUGUUCUGUGCGAUUUUUAUUCCCUGCUUAGAUUAUCGGCAGGUUAAGCAUGGCUGGAGCAAGCUGCUCAAUUGCACGCAGAUCAUCACAAAUCCCGUACUGUGUGUGGCGUUGAUUGAAACUAUGAUUGAGAAUGAGUACACCAAAAGGGUUCCAACUAUUCCCUUUACCUAUGCCAAAUGGACGUUGUGCUUCACCAUUCCCCUGGCUAUUGCCGUGUUCUUCAUGUCUCGAACAGACAAACCGCCGCCGUUUCACCUGAUGUUUAUCGUACUGUCGUUGACUGCUUCUCUGCUUUUGCUCAUCAUUUGCUCCACCGAAUUAGAGGUGCUCUUCUGCAUUAUUGGCUUGGUGUUUCACAGGACCGAGGAUUUUGUGGCCGCCUGCAUUCGAUCAUUUGCCGGAGCAAUUGGCGAUGUCAUCUUGAACAUCGAUCUUGCCAUGGAGGGCUAUGAAAAGAUGGCCUUUGCUGCCAGCUUAGCUGCACCGCUCUUCAGCAUUACGAUGAGCAUGGGCGUUCCUUGUUUCUUCAAUGUUGAUGCACAGGAAGAGUAUUCUCAUACUUGGAUCUACGGUGAAUAUGGUGCAAAUGCAUAUGUGUUCUUUGUCUUGGCAAUCAUAUCCACUUUGUGGUGGACUUCGAUACUUAAUUUUGAUGCUAGACGCUCCAUGGGUGUUUAUUCAUUCAUAUUAUUCAUGUUGUUUUUCUUAUACACCACGCUAGCUGAGUGGAAUCUGGUCCAUCAACUAAGCGGUGAUCCCGAUUUCUUGCCUAUAUAGAGAGGACAUUUGAAACCAGUAAUACUAAUUUUGUAAAGCCAAAUGUAUUGAGUUAAUAAAUUUAUUCUU